AAUAAUAAUAAUAAUAAUAAUAAUAAUAAUAAUAAUAAUAAUAAUAAUAAUAAUAAUAAUAAUAAUAAUAAUAAUAAUAAUAAUAAUAAUAAUAAUAAUAAUAAUAAUAAUAAUAAUAAUAAUAAUAAUAAUAAUAAUAAUAAUAAUAAUAAUAAUAAUAAUAAUAAUAAUAAUAAUAAUAAUAAUAAUAAUAAUAAUAAUAAUAAUAAUAAUAAUAAUAAUAAUAAUAAUAAUAAUAAUAAUAAUAGUAAUAAUAAUAAUAAUAAUAAUAAUAAUAAUAAUAAUAAUAAUAAUAAUAAUAAUAAUAAUAAUAAUAAUAAUAAUAAUAAUAAUAAUAAUAAUAAUAAUAAUAAUAAUAAUAAUAAUAAUAAUAAUAAUAAUAAUAAUAAUAAUAAUAAUAAUAAUAAUAAUAAUAAUAAUAAUAAUAAUAAUAAUAAUAAUAAUAAUAAUAAUAAUAAUAAUAAUAAUAAUAAUAAUAAUAAUAAUAAUAAUAAUAAUAAUAAUAAUAAUAAU